AUGGGUGGAAGUAAUAUCACAAUAAGACUUAGAGAAAUUGCAAUCUCAAGGUGAGUUUAAGUUGAUAAAAAAUGAAUAUGAUUUUACAUCUGGUAAGAGUGAUACAAACUUAAUUGAUAAGGAAUUAGUAGUUAAAAAUUAGGUAACAAUUAGAUUGUAUAUAAUUGAUUGUUCAAAUUUACCACCAAAAGAUUAAGAUUCAAUGUCUGAUCCCUAUUUAAAAAUAAGAUUGGGUAAGGAAUAGAUAGAUGAUGUGGCAAAUAGAAUUACAGAUAAUUGUAAUCCCUAAUAUUACAAAAGAUAUGAUAUUACAACAGAAUUACCAGGAGCAUCUGAAUUAAUAAUUCAAGUGUGGGACUACGAUGACUUUAUGCCUGAUGAUUUGAUAGGAUAAACAAUAAUUGAUANAAAGGAAUUAUGUAACCACUUAUAGGAUAAUUCUCUAUUGAUCUAAAAUUAUAGAAAUUAAAAACUUUAAAAUAAAUUGAGGAAAAAAAAGAUAUAGCCAGAAGAUUUCUUAAUGGAACACUAUAAGUAGAUUCUAAUGUUAUAUAUUUACCAAGUCUAGAUUAAGGAGUUGGUAUCAAGAUGGGAGCAUUAUUAUAAAUGGCAUCAGGAGAAUAACAUAAUGAAGAUAUCAACAAUUUAUUAACUUAAUUGGGAAUCCUUAAAAAUAAUGCUAUUUAUAUGGAUUAAAUUAUUAAAUAUAUAGAUUAUGAUAAAAAUUAAGAAGAAGGAAUAUUUUAUGAAGUUGAUCAACCUAAUAUCAAAUACUAUUUACCAUUAGGGUAUGACACUUAAAUUUAGAAGGCUUAGUUGUAUCUAUAGAAAAUGAAAUUAGGAGGUUAAAAAAUACAAAACAAAUCUUUAAAUUAAGUAGAAAUUUAAAUAAACUCUUCUCAGAAAGGAUAAUAAGGAUUGGUUAAAUCAAAUAUUCACUAUCGUUUAUGCUUACCCUGUGCAUUGGAAGAUACUUUAUUUAUGUAAUAGAAGGUUUUUGAUGUAUUCCAAUUGAGAAAAGGAAGCAUUAAUUUGAGGGAAGUGGAAAGUAUGGCUGAAAUAAUUUUGGGAGUCAAAAGAAUUAAUAGAAUACUGGAAAAUUGA